AUGAGUGAUGUCACCGAAAGACCUAAGAAAACGCGUCAGUUGCGGCGAAACAGAUCGAUUUAUCAGGUACAUUACAACCUGCGUCCACACGAAAACGAGGUGAUGGCGAAGCCCCUCGUGGUGCCGACCGCGCCGCUACAGGUGCAGGCCUACGAGCUUCAGGUGGCUGGACACAAGAACGACGCGACGGAAACUAGAUAUUUGGGUUUACUUCAAUGCAGCAAUGGAAGAGUUUUUAAGCCGAUCCUAAAAGAAUCCCAGCAAAGGGAAGUGGAAUUCUACAACAAAGUGUUCACGUCGACUGACCCCGAUUUGAUAGAACUUAGAAAAUUAAUACCCAAAUAUUAUGGAACCCAAAAAUUUACGUACAACGGCUAUGAACAAGAGUAUAUAAUGUUAGAGGAUCUCACGGAGAGGAUGUUGGAGCCGUGUAUCAUGGAUGUUAAAAUUGGUAGAAGAACAUGGGAUCCUCUUGCAACAGAAGAGAAGAUCAAGAAAGAACAAAGCAAAUAUAAAGAGUGUAAAGAAGAGUACGGAUUCUGCAUCCCCGGCUACCAGGUGUACAAACUGGCCAACGGGAAACUACAGAAGUACAACAAGGAAUAUGGAAAAAAGUUACACGGCUCCAUGGUUAGAGCGGCGGUGCGCAACUUCCUGAACGGUGUGUCGGGGUGCCUGUGCCGCGCGCUGCUGAUGCAGCUGGUGGCGGCGCUGUGGGCGGCGCGGCGCUGGGCGGCGCGCGCGCGCCCGCUGCGCCUCUACGCCGCCUCGCUGCUGCUCGUGUACGACGCGGCGCGCCUGCGCGCCUGCUGCGACCCCGGACACGCCGGGCCCGCCAGAUUCUCCCCAGCGAGCUGCCAGCAGCCGCCGGCGCCGCGCCGCAGGUCCAUACACUCGCUGCACCCCACUUCAGGCUCGGGCUCCAACUUCAGCGGGCAGCUAUCCUCGAAGGGGCCCAUCUACAAGAAGGUGCAGUCGGUCCCCCUAGCCCCCCUCACCCUGGCACAGACCUCCUUCUCCCCUCACCCCCCCAUCAAGUCCCCCUGGACGGAGGCCCUGGACAAACUUAACCACAACCACUCCUUCGAGCACAAUUACGAGGACAAGUUGUCCAAAAUCAAAAUGAACUACCGAGCAGUCCUUGACCAGCUCUCCAGCGACUCGCCCACCCCCAACCCCUGGGGAACAGUCAAGAUAAUCGACUUCGCCCACGCGUUCUUCGAUGAAGAUGAAGCUUCAGUGGAUGAAAACUUCAAGGAGGGUCUCGAUAAUUUUAUCGCUAUAUUCGAGUCUUUGCUCCGGGAGACUGAUGAUCAGGUGUCG